GAUAUGUUUUCACGGGAGGCCGGCCUGUAUAUGUGGCGGUCCAUCCCCUUCGAUAAAAUUGGAUGGGAUAACGUUGAACAACAUUACAAGGAUGCCCUCAUGAACCACUUACGGGAAAAUUUCAAUUUUGAUGAAGUGGAACGUGAUAUAGAGGCCAAAAACUUGACGGGUGGCAUUAGGGCUGUGCUUAUGAAGCGGUACUCUGACCGCAAGUACGAUGCUAAAAAAUUAUUUAAGAGCAAGGGAGGUUACAAUGAUCUUGAGAGUGCAAGGGCAUUCCAUCCCAAGGAUAUGCCCUAUGAUAACUGGUUGAGAACCAUCGAAGGUUUCCGGGAAGCUAAAUAUAUUAAAAGAAGCGAGGCCAACACACUAGUACGCGAGAAACAACAAUUCCCAUACCAUGGGGGGACAUCUUCGUACGUUUAA